AUGAGCUACGGGCACUGGCGCCAUCCUGUCGAUUGGCCCGUAUGCAGCUCCGAUCUGCUUGCUUCUACGUGGCGUCGUCUGCCGCGAGAGCUCUCGCUUCUGAUCGUCGAGAGCACCUGCUGGCUGGUCCCUGCACCCACGCUGUACAACUGGUGCUUGGUGGACCGUGCCUGGUAUCGCCGCGCCGUCGUCUCUCUCUACAGCUGCGUCUCCCUGUCACCGCACGACGCCGAUGAACGCGGCGCUCUACGCAUCCAAAGCUUCUGCGAUACCAUCUCCAACAACCGUUGGCUCGCCAACACGGUGCGAGCGCUCGACUUCGCCAUCAGCAGGGAGGAGGUCGGCAUCGCCAACCAGGAACAGUAUCUCGCCAUCCUGACCCAUUGCCACAACCUCCUCUACCUUCGCAAUCUGCAGCGCCACCGCGAUCCGGACGACACCUAUCUCCUCUCCGUACCGCCAGGCGCAUUGGCUCGCUUGCGCUGGCACGACUCGGACCUUCGCGCAUUCGAGGAGCUCGUCGAGUCGGUCUUCAAGCCGCUCCACUUUCGCGCCAACCCAGAUGCGCGCGGCAUCGAGCGCUCCGACCUCAUCGCAACCGAUGCCAGGUCGGCAGGUCGCAUGCUGUACGAUCUUAGGAUGCUCGCACGCCUUCCCAGUGUCCAUAAGCUGCCCAAAGGCUUCUUACGCCGCAUGAUUCUCAAUCAACUUCCGCGCCAAAAGAUCCUCUCCGCCAGAUGCAGCAAAAACUAUCAGAAUGACCGCAUAGGCACACGCAUCGCCAUGGGUGUCGUCGGCAUGGUAUCGCGCCUCCUCCCGCAGGUCGAGCUCGUCGAGGUCUACGUCGCCGAUCGCGACUUCCACACGGGUGCUCCGCUCCACUUUGUGUCCAAGGCGAGCUCGACAGGGCUGCCCUGCCUCUACCCCCGUUCCUUCUGGGACGACAUUGUACAACAAUUGGUUGCCCUGGCACCCCUUCCAUUCGCGGUUGCCGUCUACCACGUCUGUUCGAACGAAGUCGGUGAUGCUCCCGGCUUUGAUAUCGGCGGCGAAUACGAUCUCGCUCCGGCAGAGCAAGCGCCGAGCUCGGAUAUUGCGGCUCUCGGAAACGAGUACCCCUACACCGUGCAGGAAGACGAUGUCUCGUGCCGGUCAACAACCGGCCAUGGCUGGCAAGAGCCGUUCGUUUUGCUUCCCAACUCGAAGCGCAUGAUGCCCAUCAAGCUCAAGGGAGGCUACCGCACCUUACCGUUCACUUCCUACGACGUUGACGGUAAGAAGGCCUGGGAGGUCCUCGUCGAUCCUCCUCCCCACAUAGCGCCGGACGAUGCGCAUGUGGUGAAUGCCAAGGAGGAAUGGGACGUCGAGUCGAUGCUGGGCGCCAGUCGGCCACGACCUUCGCUCAUGCAUCCGCUCACGCCCCGGCGCGGCUCGCUCGACUGGCUGCGACUGGUGACUCGUAACCUCGAGUUUGGCAAGCACGAUCUGGCCCUCUGA